UCCAUGGAUGACCAGUCCUAGUCACAAGUGUGUCACAGCCACCUCUUUGUGUAUCUGACUUUCUCCAUCUGAGAUAAAAUAUCAGGCCCAUGAUACAGUAAUGAUCGGGUCCACAACCCCGGCUGGAUGAGUUGGGGGUGUUUUGAUCCUAAUGUUAUUCCCGUGUCAGCACAGAACUUGUGUGGUAGUAGAGAGGUCAGGUUUCAGAGUCAAGAAGAACUGGAUUUCAAACUGGAUGAGGACCCCCACCUUUUGAUAGGUGACUUAUUCUCUGUGAGCCUCUGUUUCUCUCCUCUUUAAAAUGAGAACAGUAAAUCCCACAUGGCAGGGUGGUGGGGAGAAUCAGAGAUCACACAGCUGGUGAUCACAUCUGCUCUGUGUUCCCAGGGGCACCAGACUGGGGUUUCUGAGCAUGGAUCCAACCAUCCCAGCCCUGGGAACAUCACAGACACCAAUCAAUGGACGCGAGGAGACUCCUUGCUACAAGCUGAUCCUGAGCCUCACAGUGCUGACGUGCAUCAUUUCCCUCGUGGGGCUGACAGGAAACGCGGUUGUGCUCUGGCUCCUGGGCUUCCGCAUGCGCAGGAACGCUGUCUCCACCUACAUCCUCAACCUGGCGGCUGCCGACUUCCUCUUCCUCUGCGGUCACGUUUUACGUUUUCUGUUAAGCCUCAUCAAUAUCCCCCAUACCACCCGCAGAAUCCUCAUUUGUGUGAUGACCGUCCCCUACCUUACAGGCCUGAGCUUUCUGAGCGCCAUCAGCACGGAGCGCUGCCUGUCCGUCCUGUGGCCCAUCUGGUACCGCUGCCGCCGCCCCACACACCUGUCAGCGGUCGUGUGUGUCCUGCUCUGGGCCCUGUCCCUGCUGCGGAGCAUCCUGGAGUGGAGGUUCUGUGACUUCCCGUUUAGUGGUGCUGAUUCUUGUUGGUGUGAAACAUCAAAUUUCAUCAUAAUCGCGUGGCUGACUUUUUUGUGUGUGGUUCUCUGUGUUUCCAGCCUGGUCCUGCUGGUCAGGAUCCUCUGUGGAUCCCAGAAGAUGCCGCUGACUAGGCUGUACGUGACCAUCCUGCUCACAGUGCUGGUCUUCCUCCUCUGCGGCCUGCCCUUCGGCAUUCUGGGGUCCCUAAAUUACAUGAUCCACAAGGAUCUGGAAGUCUUAUAUUGUCACGUUUAUCGGGUUUGCAUGUUCCUGUCCUCUCUAAACAGCAGUGCCAACCCCAUCAUUUACUUCUUCGUGGGCUCCUUUAGGCAGCGUCAAAAUAGGCAGAACCUGAAGGUGGUUCUCCAGAGGGCUCUGCAGGACACGCCUGAGGUGGAUGAAGGUGGAGGGCGGCUUCCUGAGGAAACCUUGGAGCUGUCGGGAAGCCAAUGCAGGCAGUGAAAGAGCUCCUGCCCUGUCAGUCAGACGGGACUUUGAGAGCAACACUG